UAAUAUCAGAUAAAUACCAUUACGAACACCACCACCACCACCACGCACUGUUCCCCAGCACUUGCGUCAUAAAUGUUCCUACAAUGUAAUAUGCAAGCUAACACCAGACAAGUCCUUCUUAUCACGCAGUUGCGGAAUACAGACGAUAAUAUAAACCAAAAACCCACAAACAUGCAGUACACACAUACACAUGUCAUCAUUGCAAUAAACCGCGGUAACUAAACAUAUAGAGAAUAUUCUACAAAAAGUUCCUGUAUAUCUUUCCUCUCAUCCCUCUUGACUAGGUCCCUUCUGAACAUCGACCGCAUUUGGCUUAAAAAUGAAAGUUCCGGCUGUGUGGCAACGGAAAGGGAGAUAUAGACAGGUUCCCUUGGUUCCCUCACAGUAUCUGGCAGUGAGUUGGCAGCUCUCACCAGGAAGGGAUGUGGUAGUGUCACGCUCCUCCCCUUCCUUCCCUUCCUUGUCCCUUGUUCGAUCAUGACCCCAGGUGUUGCAUGGAGGGACAGUGGUGGCAAGAUGCAGUCUUUCUGGGCAUGUUGCACUUCUCACAUCAAUCUCCAGAAUGGAUGCAAAGAGAGGAAGCUCACUGCUCGAUGGGGUGUGCUAUCCAAGACGUUAUGCUUACAAGAUGAAGUGAAAGCAUUGUUGGAAAAGAAAUAAAGUAGAAAAAGUUGUAAGGCUGCACAGUGAAGAUGUUGCAAAUAUCUGUGAUCUGUGUGUAAAAACUUCUGACAGUGAAUGUGCAUCUUAGAGAAUGAAAAUUGGAUAUUUAAAUGCCACAGAAACUUUCACAGAUAAGGUGCCAGGUGGUAUUAGAAUUCUGGAAAGAGACAGAAACGUACUUCCACAUAAGGCUGAGUGGCACGGCGUUGGGAGAGAGAUUGGCAAACUGUGCGGCCUGCUUAGGGUGGCAGGUGCCCUGAUCACUGUGACUGUUGUGAGAUGGCCACAUGGCACUCUGACAUAGAGAUGGAGGAGACAGGGUGUGGAGGGAAGGGAGGGCUGGGACGUGGUGGUGCCAGUGGUGGGGGAGCAGCAAGGGGAUGCAUCCGAGUCCGCCACUACACAGGAGCCUCCUACAGGGACUCGGGAGAGAUCAAGUUCUGCAUCUCAGAGUACAAGAAUGAUGCUUUUCAGAUGAUGCUGCUCAUGAAAAGCAACCAAAUGCUGACUGAUGUGAAGCUGGAGGUGGGACGUGAGAUCUUCCAUGGCCACAAAAUAGUGUUAGCAGCAGCAAGCCCAUACUUCAAGGCCAUGUUUACAGGAGGCUUGCGGGAGUCUGAAAGGAACACGGUGCGGCUGCAGGGAGUGUGUCCCACCGUGCUGGCCCACCUGCUGUGCUUCAUGUACACUGGGGAGAUUGUCAUCAAUGAAAUGCUGGUGUGUCAGCUCCUGCCUGCCGCCACCAUGUUCCAGAUGAAUCAUGUGAUAGAUGCCUGCUGUACUUUCCUUGAGCAACAGCUUGAGGCAGGAAAUGCUAUUGGCAUUGCUAGCUUUGCACAGCAGCAUGGGUGUAUGGAACUGUACCGCAAGGCCAACACUUUCAUCGAGCAGCACUUCUCAGAGGUGUCCAUGGAGGAAGAGUUCCUACAGUUAUCAAGUUGUCAGCUCCUGAACCUCAUUCAGCGUGAUGAGCUCAAUGUUCCUGAUGAGAAGGAUGUGUAUAAUGCUGUGCUGAAGUGGGUAAUGCAUGAUGAGGACAGCAGGCAGCCCAAGAUGGAGCACAUCCUUCAGGCAGUCAGAUGUCAGUAUCUCUCACCAAGAUUUUUGACAGAACAGAUGAAGAACUGUAAACUACUGAGAAAAGCUCCUGCAUGCAGAGAAUACCUUGCCAAGAUCUUUGAGGAUCUGACAUUACACAAGCCACCUAUGCAGAAAGAGAGGACCCCCAAUGCCCCUUGUGUCAUAUACCUGGUGGGGGGCUACUCCAACCGGCAGAGUCUGGACACCCUGGAGUGUUAUGAUGUGGAGGACCACCAGUGGACUCAGCUCUCAAAACUACCUGUGGCAAGGUCAGGCUUGGGAGCGGCAUAUCUUAGAGGAAUAUUUUAUGCUGUGGGGGGGAGGAACAUCCUGCCCAAUGGGAAUUACCAUGACAGUAAUUGGGUGGACUCCUUCAACCCACUGACGAACUCCUGGAAGCAGCGAGCCAGGAUGAAUUAUCCUCGCAACCGUCUGGGAGUGGCGGUGCUGGACAGCCAGUUGUAUGCCGUGGGGGGGGCCAAUGGUACCACCUGCCAUAACACAGUGGAAAAGUAUGAGCCGGAUGAUGACCAAUGGACUCUAGUGCAUCCCAUGUCAUGUGCCAGGAUGGGAGUGGGAGUGGCAGUGGUGAACAGACUCAUGUAUGCUGUCGGGGGAUAUAAUGGAGAGCAGCGCCUCAAUUCUGUUGAAUGUUACCACCCUGAGAAUGACAGGUGGACUCUGGUAUCACCCAUAAGAAUCCCCAGGAGUGGUGCAGGUGUGUGUUCACUGGGGAACAAUAUAUAUGUCAUUGGUGGCUAUGACGGCCAACACCAACUGUGCUCAGUGGAGAAAUACGACACAGAGACAGACACCUGGACUUCAGUGGCUCCAAUCAAGACUCCUCGCUCCGCCAUGACUGUCUCAGUCUGGGAUGGGAAGAUCUUUGUGAUGGGUGGGUAUGAUGGGAGCCAAUUUCUCUCUUCUGUGGAAAUUUAUGAUUACCAAAGAAAUGAAUGGCGUGAAUGCAGACCUCUUCCUUGGGGCAGAUCAGGGCAUGCCUCAGCCUCCUCCUUCCAUCCCUGCCUCCUCCAUUCAGACACCAGAUAACACAGGACCUGCAGUAACAUAGGAGUGUCUUCAGUAUUCCAAUUAUGCAGUAGUAGGUACCCAGGAUUAAUCAUUCACAAAACAUAGAAAAUUACAUUCAAUAGAAACUAAAUAAAUGGCAGUAGUUGCCAUGAAUUUUCCUCUCAAGUUUCUGUUAUAGCUACUUAUAAUUCAAUAUUUGUAUAUUUGUCUAUUUAUUGCUGGGAUCUACUGUCUCAGGAUAUGAUGAAACCAUACUCAACUCCACUGAACUUGUACACACUAUUGGAAAUAUUCAGAACUGUUUGUGGAGUAUGGUGGAUGGUAAUUUAAAAACAGCAGAAAUCUUUCUUGAUGUAGGCAUUGAAAAUAUGCUGUGUAUGGAACUCCUCAUGUGUAUAGUAGUUUUAUCAUUAUCAUCUCAUUAUUAUAGUUGUCAUUGUAUCAUCAUUGUCCACAAUCACUCUCACCACCACAACCACCAUCAUCACUUCCCACACUAAGCAAGAUGGGAUGUCACUGGAGAAUCAAAGACUGAAACCCAACACUCAAGUCAAGGGGUGAAGGAAUGCCUAAGGAAGUGAACCAAGCUGUUGUUCAUACAUCAAUCAAUCCCUGAGACUCUAAUCUUGACACUUUAUUUAAUACUACAGGUUACCUAAAGAUAACUGACAUAAAGGGCUGUUUCAGUAAUGAGGUUGAAGGAAUCUGUACCUUUGUCAUUUACUUAUCUCUGUUGAACUCUUCUAUUCCUUGUGAACUGUUCCUCUGGUUGCAUAUUCAUUCAUUUACCAUACCACAUCAUUUACAUUUUCCCAUAUCAUUGUCACUACUUGCAUGCAUAUUCUUUACUCUCAUUUUCAUUGUAUUGUGACCAUACAACUCAGGCUAAAGAGGAAGAUAUGUACAUGUGUAGAUAGAAGAGUACUGGAUUUCUCUAUGGCUGUGAGCUUCUUAAUAGAUAUGCAAUGAAUGUAGUGAUAGCAAGCAUUUCACUGAGGUUUGAGGGAAUGGAAAGAAUCACACCUGAAUUCUGAAUGCAGUGUACUCAUGUGGACAGCAAACUGAUCAGCAGGGUCUUGUUCUUCACUUGAUUCUGUUGCUCUUUAUGGUAUUCAUGGUGAUGCCAAGUUUUGGUUACAAAUUAAGUAACCAUGUAGUAACUGUGUUUACUGCUUUCCUUCAACAUAAAGUUCUCUGAUCUAUUGAAAAUCUGUUAGUCAUCAGCUUCAGUAAGGAGAGUGUCAGCAGAUCAGAGUACUUGUUGAGAAAAAAAAAUGCUGGACAUUGGAAACAAGUGCAACAUGUGGAGCACUUUAUUGAGGCAUUCUGACUGGUCACUGCAGGCCCUGUCAUAAUGUACUACUGCCACUUUUGAGAGGGUCAUGACUAUUCACAGCCUAUUAUGUCUUCUGAGAUUGUCGUGCUCUCUCUGGGCAGUGUGUUGCAACCUAAGAGGAAAGUCAGCAGUGAAAGAGUGUGAGGGGAUAUUCCUGUUAAGUUCAACUGUCAUUUUAAGGAAGGUUGUGAGCUGGAAUGUGAAAAGAUCUGUUUCAAGAGUGAAGAUACAUGCAGGAUACUUCUCAAGCUCAAAUGUAGCAGAUGUCACACUCCUCUGCUCAGGCACAGGAAGGUGAAUACACUUUGGUCCAGUUGAAGUUGGUUUUAUUGAGAUCAGACAGUGCUGGGUCCAAUUGUGAGUGGUUGUGAUCAGGUCUGCCUCAGAAAACAUGCUUAUGUUAAUCAACAUGAUUAUGACUGUAUCUGCUUUAUCUAUAGGCAUUGUAAUCAGUGAUAACAGCAGCUAAGCUGCAUAUAAGGAACUGUAAUAUCUUGAAGGACUUGCAAAAUACAGGCCACUAAUUGCAAUUAUGUAAUCAAUUGCUUAUAAGGCUUCAUCAGUAUUUAAAAGUGGAAAGUGUGAAUUGCUGAAAUCAUUAUAGUACUUGGCAUCAUAGAGGAAUUUUUGUGUUUAUUUGUUUUCAUUAUGACUAUUUCUUAUAUUUUUAACAUGAUUAUUCUUGCAGUAACCUCAUUGUUCAUAGAUAUUUGCGAGAAGUGUUAAAUGAAUAUACAAUAUCCAAAUCAGUUUCAUUAUUCACUGAAUGCAUUAACUGCUAAGACAUAUAUUUCUAAAGAAAUAACUGGAAAAUAAUAUCUGGUAUAGAUAAAUGUACAGGUGCUGGCAGCUGAUCCAUCAUCACAAGUCACUCCACCUUGGGGAAUUGUGUGUGUUGCUUCAGGACAGCCUUGCAUAAAUGGACAGGUUUUUGUUUUACUUCUUGAGCCAGAGUGAUCCCCUCUGUACAUUCUUAACAAAGUUACCAAAUUGUAUCAUGCCCUGACCUUGCAGCUUCCAGUUACCGAUUCACAUAUGUGUGUUCUAGUAGUGGUUUAUGCUGCACAGUUUCUCAGCCAAAUGUAUGCAUGUGCAGAGCAUUGUUUUUGAUGUAUAAAAAGUAAUGCAGUACUGUGUGUAGCACAUACUUUCACAUGAAUGUAUUUCUAGCAUUCACAUGAAUGUAUUUCUAGCAUAUUUGGUGUGUUUAUAAUAUAGCAGGGAUUGAAGGAUUGAAUUCUAACUGUUUGGUUUUCAGUUUGUUGAAAAGCAUAUUUUUGUUGUAUAUAUAUAUAUAUAUAUAUAUAUAUAUAUAUAUAUAUAUAUAUAUAUAUAUAUAUAUAUAUAUAUAUAUAUAUAUAUAUAUAUAUAUAUAUAUAUACAAGCAGUUUAUUGGUUUAUUUCCAGACUGUGAAAUCUACAUCAAUAGAUAUCUUAAGGUGAACCCUUGAACAGUCUGUGGCUCUUGGUGAACAUUCCAUUUUCUUGGGGCAAUAUAUUAUGUACAUUAAUUUAAGGCAUUUCUGCUGUACCUCAUCUUUUUUAUGUGUUUGAAUAAAGGUGAGGAGCUGGCACCAGGCAGAGUGGUGGAUGCCUGAGCCUCGGGCAUGAAUACAACAUUUAUGUCCAGUGAGGCAGGUUGGGUGAGUGAGUUCAAGGUUACUGUGCCUCACAGUGAGGGCAUGUCAUGAUAUUAUCUGUGAUAAAUGUACCACUAACUUUCUGUGAUGUUUCGCUGGUUUUAGAUUGUUGCAGGACUUGAAAACCAUCUGAACCUACACUUACUCAUGCAACGAAUGUACACAAGUGUAAAUAUUAUAAUAAUGUGGGUUGAUUUAUAAUUUUUGAAAAUCAAAUUAACAUGCAUUUGUCAUCAUGUAGCUGAUACCAAGGCAUCCAUCCUCGCUUUGUAAUUUAUUAAAUCUGAAUAGUAUGAGAUGCCUAGUUUGCUCUUUGUGCCAACCAAAGCAGUUUGUGAGACUGGACUAGUAAUGAGGAUCACCCUCCUCUCUGAAGUGCUUAUUUAUUGAUGCAGGGACGCCUGUAACAAGAGAUGCACAAAUGGUUGAAAUAAACUUUGAAGACUUG